CAUCGCAAUGUUGCAAGACGCACUAUACGAUAAUUGCCAAUUGGCAAAAAUUAAGAAUUUAAACUUGACCGACCAGAUGGCACUAUACGAAGAAGCCAUUGAUGACAAUUCGAAUCGCUUAAGAAAAAAUCUGAUCUAUACCUGGGAACAGCAGUCUCGCAUUGAACUUUAUUCAGAGGAUUGUGAGACGCUUAAAAACAACCGAUCGUUGUUGAACAUAUUUAUGUCCAGCAUCAGUGUGAAAGUGGAGGAAAUGAAGCUGAAGAGUGCACCAAUGGAAUUUUUGAAGAUCUGCGAAAAUUACCCUUUACCAAGAGUACAAACAUUAUCCUACACAUUGGAUGACUCUCGUAUUACUGUUGAAGCACAAAAAAUAUUGACGAACAUCUUUCCUGGCGUGCGUUGUGUGAUGCCUGAUAAACAUUUUUGCUACUGCUCGUUGUCGAAGUGGACGCAGUUUCGGACGCUAAUCAUUAGAAAAGAGUUCUUGUGGCGCGACCCAAACGAUUAUUGUAACCUUCGAGAUUGCACGUUGAUUGAGGAACUGAUUGCACCUGAUAUCUACAUUAUAAAACAUUCAUUCGAUGGAUUUAUGCCCUUGCCCAAGCUGCGGACCAUUACUAUUAGUGUGUCCGACGGAAAUGUAACCACGCCGCUUACCGCUCUCAUGGGUAUAGACAAAUACGGCGGUACUGAAGGCAAUACAGACAACAUACGCGGUUUGAUGCUGGACAAAGUUAGGUGCACAUAUUCCGAUCUAUGCGGUGUGGUUACAUCUUUUAGAAACCUUGUGCGACUGAAUCUCGACCGCUGGAGCUGCUUAAAUGAGACACGCCUCUGGAAAAUUGUAGCCAAAAGCCCAUCGCUGCAGAUCAUGGAUAUAACAAGGAUGAAUCUUGGUCUGGACUUUUUUUCAUCAAGCCGACGUCUUAUGUGCACCGUCAUGCACUAUCGCCGUGCUCCUUUGACAGUCUUCUACGCUUAUACUGAACGAGAGCUGAUCCGUCGUUACUUUACGCACCUUGGACUGCAACUUAUACCGGAACACAAAAUACAAAAACCACUUUGUGGAUUCAUUAUACAAUUGGAAUUAACUCCUUUGGAUGAAUAA